AUGCCGUACAUCCGACAAGGCGAGGUGGUGGAGCGCCUGUCGCCAUGGCAGCUCGCCUUCUACGUCGACUUUUUCCGCCGCCUCUUCCGAAUCAUCAAGAUGUUCUUCUACACCCUCUUCUCGCCUGACGCGGCGGGGGUCAAGAAGACCAAGGGCAGAGGAGGGGGGGGACAGGGCGCAUGGGGGGGCAGCUCUGGGGGCGGAGGGGGUGGGGGAGGGGGAGGCGGAGGAGGAGGGGGCGGUCCUAGGAGGGGAGUUGGAGGGAUGAGCAACGUGCGGGGCAUUGACCAUUGUGAGUUGGUGUAUCAGUGGGCCAUGGACGGGCGUGUGCUUCUGCGGCGGGUGCCUGAGGUCGGUAAGGCACUCCGCCUGCUGCCGCUGACACCGGCCCCCCUCAACUCAUGUCAUGAGACGGGAGGGUGGAGUCAGAGCAGCCACGUGCUCCUCUCAUGUGCCGCUGCUGCACGUGCAUGUGUGUGCGUGGAGCCACACACACCACAUGUGUUGUGUGGCCGGCAGUCGCAGCUGGACGCGAGUGGCGGCGACGAGAAGGGGACGCGGCGGCGGUCGCCAAGGGGCGCGCGGUGGGAGGGGCAGGGGGAGCGGAAGCGGGAGGGGAGGCGGGAAGCGUCGCGGGGAAGGGAGGUGGUGGAGACACGUGGAGCUUCAGUGGGCGGAGAGGCGCGCAGGCGAGGGGAGGGCAGGCGAGGCACGGGUGGGCGACGCAGGCUGGCAGAUGGGCAAGGCAGUGAGGGGGGUGGUGGCAGUGACGUGAGCAGCGAUGGGCAUGCGGUCAUGCACGUGGGCGCGCGUGGCGGCAUGGCGGGCCCUGGGGUGUGGGCGGACGGAGUUAAACGGCACACGCGGCGGGCAGGAGACAGAUGUUGGAGCCAAUGGGAGAUGCGCAUGUAUGUCACGCGUCCUGAUCGCCAGCUGCCGCCAUCGAUGGCGUUGAGGCGGCGUCUGUCGGAGUACCGUCGGAUGCACCGCCGCUGCACUCAGAUCCACGACUGGCACGCCUUCUACAGCAACCCGUCCAUGGGAUGGAAGGACGGCAUUGAUGGGCUGGGGAACUGCAAGUAUCUCUUCUAUAUGCCGCCUGCCCGCCAUGGGGUGGGCAAUCGCAUAAUGGCGCUCAUCUCAGCCUUUUCCUACGCGCUGCUCACCAACCGCACGCUCAUCAUCCCGCCCAACUCCUUCCUCGUCCGCUUCUUCUGCGACCCCUUCCCCGGCUCCUCCUGGACCAUCCCGCUCGACGCCUUCAACACCAUAUCCCAGACAGUGCACAGGUCGCCGGCACGCAAUCGAGGCAUCGUCGAUGGAUGGGAUGGCCAUGACGUCAGCAUGCACAUGUCAUGGGACUCCAAGGCGGACACAUGGGGCAUGUUCUGUGAGGUGGAGCAGCAGGCCAUGGCAACAGCACGCUUCGCCACGCUCUACACCGACUACUUUCUCGUGCCGCACUUUUACAUGGUGCCCAUGCUGCAGGUACAGCUCGACACCCUCUUUCCCGAUCGACGAGUCUUCACCCACCUUUCUCGGUACCUGCUGCACCCCGCCAACUAUCUGUGGGAUCGCAUCACCCGCCUCUACCACGGCCACCUCGCCCACCACUCCCUCACCGUCGGCCUGCAGAUCCGCGCGUUUGAGGAGACCGAGGAGGAUUUGAUGGUGAAUGUGUUUGAGUGUGCCACCAACAUCGCCAGAGUGCUGCCACCUGUCAUGCCCACUGACCAAUGGCGCCAAACCGCUACAGCUGUGACGGAGGAGGCGCUGCUGGGCGUGCGCGGGCGCAGCAUCGGGGCGCUGGUGGUGUCGCUCAACCCCACGCACGGCGCCAAGCUGCGCGACCGCUACAUGCUGGGCAAGCCGCUGGACGGCAGCACUGUGUCCGUCUUCAGUGUGAGUGGCGAGGGUGAGGAGAAGCAGGACGACCUGCUGCAGUACGAGCUCGCCGUCACCGAGAUGUGGCUCCUCGCUUUCUGCGAUGUGCUGCUGGUGACGGACACAUCAACGUUUGGGUACGUGGCGGCGGGGGUGGCGGGGGUGACGCCCUACACCAUGAACGUGGCCAAGUGGAAGCACAGCGACUGGCGCUCCAACGGCCGCCUCGCCUGCAUGCUCGGCUCGUCCGAGCCCUGCUACGUGCACAAAGUGGAGGAGCAAGUGCUGUGUCCAGGAGAGCCAGAGAAGCGGCCGCUGGAGAACAUACCACAGACGCGGGCGUGCCACGCGACGGACGUGGGGCUCACCACCAACCUGCCGCCGCUGCCGCUGCCCUCCCACCAUGACGCCUUGGAUGCCGCACAGCAAGCUCAUCCACCUGCCUCUAAUGGCCCUCUGCCUGCUGCGGCUGCUGCCUCUGAUUCUGCUGGUGGCAUGGGUGCAGGGUCAGCAACAGCAGGGCAGGGAGAGCGAGAGGGGGAUGGCCGGGGUGAGCAGCGGGAAGGGGAGCAGGGUGCAGGGGAUGCAGCGGAUGGUGGUGACCCUUACUAUCUGGAUGAGGAGCACGCGUGA